UACUUUCUCUCAAGAACUCAGUGUCCUGUUUCCUCGAAAGCCGAUUCCAAACCAAGCUCUACCAUUAUUGUCAACCUCUGGUAAGUGGAUUUAACUUCACAAUCUGACUUCUUCGAGAUAUCUCGUUUUUGCUGCCAUCAGAAUGACGCCGAGACUGUCGUGUCGAAUCUAAAUCUGGGCGCAAGUAUCAUGUACCUUUGUACAGCAGCGUUUGUACCCUUCUGCACACCACUGUCGCACCUACCAUUACAGUUUCAUGCUCAUCAUCCCCAUGCUUCCCCCAUCUUAUGGCUCCUAUUCUUCAACUCACGAAGUGAGCAGUUGACACUGCAUCUUCGCCCAUCCAUCUUCCCUUCAAACCCCAUUCCAACUGAAACCAUGAGCAACGACCAGCCACAGUCUCCCCGCCACUGGCACGGAGACCCCGGGAACCGUCACGAGCAUCUCAACGUCUGGGUCCGCGGUGGUCCGUCCUCGCCCUACUUUCGCCGUCCUUCGGUGCCAGGCGGAUCGGUGUACACCACCGCGACCGGACCGGAGAUGACUACCGAUAGACGCGUAGGUCUUCGUCUGUUCUCAUAAGCCCUCCUGACCAACUGUAUCAUUUGCCUUUUGUGUUGUGUUCGUCAUAUGUCAUUCAAGCGUUGGGAGGGGCAAAGCCAGAGACCAGCAAAUCUCAUGUAGCAAACACAUUGCAGUGUCUCUCGCAUCUACUGACACUUCUAGCAGGGCUCGAACUCCUCUGAUAUGUCUUCCAACUCCAACAACAUGGCCAGCAGUCCGCCUCGGGCCCCGGACAGGAGACGCUCCAGUGGCCAAAACUCCUCCUUGUUCGAGGGUCUGACCAGCCAGAAGCGGA